CAUCGAAACAUGGAUUUAUACUGUCUAACCCUACACCAAAACUGAAAAGCAAUCAUUUUCUGUAAGCACAGCUAAGAUCUUUAGAUGAACUAUUCGUGGUGUUGCUCCAGAAAUAAUACUAAUAUUCUUGCUUUUCACCAGAAUUUUGCAGUGUUCGGUAUCUGUUUCUUCGUUGAAACUAAACAGCCGCCAUAAUUUGGACUAAAUAAACGUAAUAAUAAGUGAUUUUUGAUAUAAAUUGACGUUGUGUUGUGAAAUAUAUAUUUUGAACCUAACAAGACUGAAUGAACAUGAAGAAUAUCAACUAGAAAUGUAAACAAAAAAUUAUAAAUAAUAUCCUUAUUAUGACAUCGCGUUGCGUCUAACCUACGCGUAACAAACUCGUGCUUAAAACUAAGAAUGGUUUAGAAUUUAAAUAAAAAUCAUAUUACGCUACAUAUCAUUACUGUGCCUGUAGGAUUAAAGCCCUUUUACAUCGUAUUUACUUUUAAAUAUUACGAAAAUUCGAUAACGUUUUAUAAUAAAUAUAUUAAAGUCAUUUAUUAUACGAGAAAUAAAGUAUUAUAGAAGUUAUUAUAAAUACAAACGAUUACGACGGAGAACAGAAGUAUUGGAUCGGUUUAUACGCAGAACAUCAUCUAGUACGAAUGAGAACAAAGUGCCCGAGUGCAAAAUUAUAAAGAAACAAUCACUUAUUGGCCUGUAGAUAAUCCUAAAUUAAACAAUCACAGCCGAUAAAUUGCAACGAGCGCGCUUGCUGCCGCGCCGUUGUCAUCGACUUCGUAUCUGUAGACAGUCGCGUCGCGCGCGGUUCCUUCUCCUGUCGCUGAAGCUGUCAGUGCUUGCCGGAGUCGCGCGACUCGGCCGGCACGCCCCGACACAGCCGUGGAUAACCUCGGCCAGAGCCCCCUUCCGGUGAAGAGGCUGCACGAAGCGCUUCAGAGUGCGCAAGUGAAGCGCCAGCGGCUCUCCCCUCCGUAUCCCGCACCCCCCGCGCCCCUUCACCCGAUACAUCAACUCGCCGUGCACCAACACAUCAAAGUGCAGCAAAGCAUAGUGCAACAGAGUAUCGUGCAGCAACAUCAAUUGAAUCUGGCCCAUCAGUCGUUGCAAAACCUGCAAGCGCAAAGCUUACAAGCCGCUCAACAAAGCCUUCAAGCGGCGCAGAGUCUGCAGGCUGCUCAAGGGCUGCAAGCAGCUCAGAGCCCAGCGGCUACGGGCGGCGCAGGCACGCAACAGGCGACAGGAGCAACACAAGGCGCGCUGGUGCCGCCGCAGCAGCCGUCGCCGCGGGCCGCUUCUCCGCAACAUAAGAGCAUGGAGCUUGCACUGUGUCAAAGCAUGGACUCCGUCAAUACCGCAACCACUGAGGAAGAGGUGCGGACAUUGUUCGUGAGCGGACUGCCUAUGGACGCCAAGCCAAGGGAACUCUACCUACUGUUUCGAGCUUACGAAGGAUACGAGGGUUCGCUGCUGAAGGUUACGAGCAAAAAUGGAAAAACAGCAUCCCCGGUCGGUUUCGUAACGUUUCACACUCGGGCCGGGGCCGAGGCCGCUAAGCAAGAUCUUCAGCAGGGCGUCCGGUUCGACCCCGACAUGCCGCAAACGAUUCGGCUGGAGUUCGCUAAAAGCAACACGAAGGUCAGCAAGCCGAAGCCGGCAGUUGCCACAGCCGCGCCAGCUGCACACCCCGCAUUGAUGCACCCACUCACUGGACACUUAGCCAGUCCCUUCUUCCCUGGAGGGGGCGCUGAGCUGUGGCACCACCCGUUAGCUUACGGAGGGGAGCUGCCGACAUUGUCGCACGGACUGGUCCAUCCCGCCAUUCAUCCUCAAAUGGCGCCCGUGCGUUCCUACCUCUGACUAGCUGCCGCCGACAGGCCACACCACACCCCCUUGACGCUGGGCGCAUGCGUACUACCGGCCCCAGCGCUGGGUUCGCCGGGAGCAGCGGUCCCGGCGCAUGCGCCCGCGCCGCCUGCGCACCCCGCACACCCCGCGCACCCCGCGCCUCCCUGCUCGACGCUCUUUGUCGCUAACCUCGGACAAUUCGUCUCCGAGCACGAACUCAAAGAGAUAUUCAGCAGGGAGCCAAAGGCGGAGAAGAGGGCGAACAGCAUUAACUCGUUCGUGGCACUCGGCACUUGACAACCAGCUAACUGAGGGACGCGCGGCCCCGGGGCGCUGCGCGCGGCGGCGGGCGCGGGCGCGCCGCUCGGCCAGCAGCGCGUCGAGAUCAGUUUCACCGACAACGACGACGGAUGAAUGUAAAUUAGCAAACCGCUCUCCUCGUUUAUGUUUCUCGUCUGUAGCGUCGGAGGUGUGGUGUAUUUUGUUGAUACCAAAUUUAGCGUAAAAUUUUAUUAUAUUAACAUUCCAGUUUAAUUGUUUACCGUUCACGAUGAAAAUAUUAUUUGAAAUUAUUAUUACCUUUUACUGUAUAACGUGUUUAUUUAAUUGAUUUUUUUUAUGUAAUAUAAGAUUUAUUUACAAGUAACUUAUUGUAUGGUAACGUUUGUAUAUUCGUUUCUACGAGGCCGGUUAUACAACUGAGAUGUUUUGUUAUGGAUAUAGUGUAAUAUCAGAAAUUAAACAUUUUAGGAUAAAUCACAUUCGAAUAAGCUAAAAACCAAAGGUGCCCUUCAUAGAAAGAUUACGUUUUGUUGAUAAUAUUUCAAGUUGAAUGAUUUUAAAUGAAGUUGUAUGUAAUGAUAACGAUACUUUUGUUUUAGUCUCGAUAAUGUUAGCGUAUUUAAAUGAAUUUUCAUUACUAUCUCAAAUUAUAUUUACCUAAUGCUUUUUAGUAACUUUUAUAAUGUUCACUCGUUAAAGCGCUGGCACACUAGCGUUGGUUUACGAUCCUUCUAUCUGUAUAUGGAUAAAUUUAAAUUGCAAUAAUGUAAAGAUGUAACGAUCGUUACGCGAGGCCCUCGGUGUCGCUCGUGAAGUGCAAUACACGUCUGAGCCCCCUCGCUCGGGCUCGCAUCGCACGCACUGACCCGCCUUAAUCUCGCCCCGUCUGUCCGCACCCUAAUGUCUCGUGCCUUGUGGAAACGUCUCCCUAAAACAGCGUCAAUCUUUACCCGCGUAAACGUUUUAGAUUGUUUUCUUUCGGACUCCGUGGAUGUUUCGGUCCCUCCGUGUGCGCGAUGCGACUUUAUCGAGCAGGGUUCGGUCUUGCUGGGAGAAUUUAGCCUUUGCCUUAUGAAAGUUGAAUAAAUAUAUGUAAUCAUUAUAUUAUUAAUUAUUAGUAAUAAUUAUACGGCGACACGCGCCAAGCUGAAUAGUAAGACGAUUAUUCUAUUUGCAUGCUUUGACGAGCUUUUUGGUAAUACUAAUUUAAAACUUAGUAGUUACUUUAAUUGUGUAAUCUUUAGGUAAAUAUUAUAAUACUAGAUAAGGGUAUUUAUUGUAGACGAUCUGCAUAGUUACAUUACUAUUAAUUGAAAGUUAUUCUUACAUAAUAUCGAAACAGUGUAAUGAAGUUAUAUCUAUUGUGUUAGGGUUAAUCAAAUGGAAAAUUAAUAUAUUUUUUAUUUUUAGCUAGUUGACUAUCGCGUACAGAAUGGCGGCUCGCGCGGUGCGAGUUCGUUCCGGCGAACGUGUGCGAAAUAGCAAUAAACCAAAAAUGAACUCUUAAUGUUUAUAUUAUAGAUAUCUAGAAACGUAUUCUGCUGAUGUAAACAUGUAAAAAUUAUACAAAAAAAAAGUAAAAAAAAAAGUAAUAAAUAAAUCCCUGCUUAGGCUAUUUUUAAUAAGAUUUCGGAUAUUUGGGUUGAAAUCUUGACGCGACAGAUAUCAAGGGAGCAUUCACUAGAUCCUUGUCGUAAGCUGGAUUGAUCCGCAUGUGAAUUCUUAUGAAAGUCUCUUAGUCAAUAUUUAAUAGAAAUAUGUCAAUUUUUGACUUAGCAAAAUUUUAUACGUUAUUUAUAGUGACUGUAAUUAUCACGGUAUACCGAGCGUCAUGGCGUUUAGACCAAAGAUAAAAGAUAUACAUAACUUAAUACUAACCUCAAACCAAACGUACCAAACAUUAUUUCCUGGCCUACACAUCGACAGACAGAUUUUAAAUCGAUUAUAUUUAUUACGCAAACGUUCUAAACAUAUCUAUAUCUACAUUAACACGUAUUAUGAUGACGAUUUUAAAUCGAUAUUGUUGUUUUUCUGAAAAAUCGAUAUCAAUGUUCAACAUUUCAAAAUAAUUAGUGUUCAGUUCAAUGUAAAAAGUCGACGUCAAUGUGUGGAGCCAGCGUUAGUUAAAUCUCUUAGAAAAUAACUGAAUAUUUAUAAAAAAUAAUAUUGAUCGAUUUUUAAUUUAUAUCAAAAUCCUAAAAAUAUCAAAACUCGGUUUCUCUUGGUAUUCGUAUUUCACUGUCUGUUUUAAUAGUUAAGCUAAGUCAAUGUUUACUUAUUUAAUUCUAUAUAUAAUGCUAAUUCGUAUGUAAGUUGUGUAAUAGUGUAUUAGUGAUCUCCCAAACCUCCGGCGCCCGGCGCCCCCGACCGCAGAUAAGAUACAACGAAAAGUUUUAAUUUUCUUUUCCGUUGUUAUUUCCCAGGCUGCGUGGUGACUUCGGCUUCGUUUAUUUAUAGCCUCUCGCUGUGCAAAUGAUUUAGAAAUUUAAAAAGCUACUAAGAUCUUUUAUAUAAAUAUAUAUGUUUACGUAACUCAAAUUGGAGGUGAAACUAUUUUUUGUAUACUUAUAAAAGUGACCACGGAGCUUGUCGGUUGAUUUACGUCACUGCUAACGCAGCGCUGCGAGCGCGCGAGGGCCGGGCGCCGCCACGAUUCCGUCCAACCGUAGCUAGCGUGUAAGAGACGUCCAGUGGCUACGAACAGGCUGCGUCAUUUGCGGGACUACUCGAUACAUAUCAUCGUGUAAUAUUAAUGUGUAAUUAGAAUUAAUAUGCGGUUUCAUAGAGACUUUUAUUCGGUAUACUCGUCUACUACUUUUAAUGCAAUCGGCUACAUGUCACGCUCGCUAUAACAGUAUCGAUAUCGAUAUCGAGUUUACUUUGUCGGAACUGACGCUUGACGUACGCUCCACUCCGUCUUCGAAUAUUUUCGCUUGGAUGUUACUUUGUAUGGGGAAGGAAUCGGUGAAUGUUAUGCUGAAGUCUAUCGUCGCAUCGAGUAGCUCGUUGUCGGAGCGUCGGCUGGAGCCGCGUGACAUUGGCCCGCAUGUGAUAGGGUAGUGUAGGGGUAGCGUCGCCUUGCAAGUUAGGUUAAGUAAGCGGUGAGACACAAAAACCGUGCAUCGGAAACAUAUCAAUCUGUGCCCCUUAAUAAAUAAUUAAAUACUAAACUAAGAGAUACAUAUGAAUAGCGUAAACAAAAUAAUCGUUCGAAGUAUCAAAUACAUACUAAGUGUUGUUUUCGUACGUUGAACAAUUGAUGAGGCGGUUAGGACGUUUUCGAGAUGUGAAUCGUUACGCGUAGUACCCGAGUAGUUUCGCGCAAUUUAUUUAAACUUACCGCAAUAGAUCUUUGAAUGUAUUUUUUAUUGUUAUACAUAGGCUAAUGUUUAAUAUGGCUUAAUUACCAAAAUAUUUUUAGCUGUUCGCUUCGUAUUCAGUAUUAACGAUCUUUUGAUUUACGGCGGCAGGCGCUAGCGCGUUGCUGGCUCUUGUUUGUGUAUCGAGCAAAUUAUAUCAUACAGAAUAUAUAGUUCGUAAUUAAUUGUUAGAUUUGUGUGACUUGAAUUAUUUAAAGCUUUUAGAGCGAAAGGUAAAGUGUUAUUGUGGUUUAAGAAAUAAAAAAUAAAACAUAAUGACCUUGUAAAAAUAGUGAUAAAUUUAGCUUAAUUAUCAUGAUUACAACUUUUAUAGAUGUUCGUUGAUUUACUUUCCUUACUUCAUCGACUAUUGUGGCAUUGGAGACGUCAAUGUUAAUUCAAAUAAAUUUGAGCUCAUCCUCAAUCGAAGUUUUCAUUCAACCGACAUCCCUUCGAACUCGCUAUCAAUCAGGUCUCCAAACAGAUAUCGACCAAAGUUCUUCAAAGAUUCUGCUAAACUUUCCAAUUAAGACUUUAUCGUGUUUUAUAGAAAAGAAAAACGUUCAUUUUGAACAUUUUAAUGAAUUAUUCGAGUUUAUCUUUGUUUUUGUCAAUUUUCUUGUUAUAAUUGAGACGUAUUAGUAAAAUAUAGGCGUAGUUUAGAAUAACCCUAAUAGAUAUAAUUAUUAAACAGUUGGCUUUGGAAUAUGCUUUGUAGAUUCACUGCUUUCUCGCGUCCUCUUGUAAAACGAGUUCUCUCGGUGAUUACGAAAGAAAUUGUUUUACAACGAAGAUGUUAUGAAACGUGGAAGCGCUUUUAAACUUUCUUAUUUCGAUAAUGAUUUUGUGACAGUGUUGUAUUUAUGUUAUAAUUAGUUUUAAAGCAUUAUAGGGUCCAAAGAUUGGGAAUAAAAACAUAUGUGACAAAUCA